AUUGAUUCUUCUGAGUAUUUUUCCAUGUAAUCUGUUUUCUGUCCAUCUCCCCCGUCUUUUUCACUCAUCUUUUUCAACCCGUCUCUUACUCACUUUCCGUAUUUUAUUCACUGCGCGUGUGCGUGCGGAUGGGUUCUGGCGUAUCAAAGUGACACGUGCGCUCAAGUGGUAUAUGCGAGUGUCAAAAAGUGUGUGUGUGUGUGUGAGUUUCAGAAGCGAGCAGUGCGGCGUUCAACGCCACAGCCGAUGACAUUCCCCCCGCAGCGAUCUGUGGAUGUUGAUUGGGAGAGCAGUGAAGAGUGACGGGCCUUCCUCACUCAGCGAACACACAUACUGACACCAUUCCUCACCGCAGGGCUUUCCUCGCCUCUUAUACACCCAGCUAGACCGCCUAAAUGAUUGUUCUGGCUCCAUGAAUACAACCUAAGGGAGCUCAGCGAUGAAUAAGCUUCGGCAGAGCUUCCGCCGGAAGAAAGACGUCUACGUGCCGGAGUCGAGUCGGCCGCACCAGUGGCAGACGGACGAGGAGACGGUCCGCAGCGGCAAAUGUAGCUUUGCAGUCAAGUACCUGGGACAUGUGGAGGUGGAAGAGUCCCGAGGCAUGCACAUCUGCGAGGAUGCAGUGAAGCGGCUUAAGACGGACAGGAAAUUCUUCAAGGGAUUCUUUGCAAAAGCCGGGAAGAAGCCGGUGCGCGCCGUGUUGUGGGUGUCGGCAGACGGCCUUCGCGUCGUAGACGACAAAACAAAGGACCUGAUUCUGGACCAGACAAUAGAGAAGGUGUCGUUCUGCGCUCCGGACCGGAACUUUGAGAGGGCGUUCUCUUACAUCUGCAGAGACGGCACCACGCGGCGCUGGAUCUGCCACUGUUUCAUGGCCAUUAAAGACUCAGGAGAGCGCCUGAGUCAUGCCGUGGGUUGUGCCUUCGCCGCUUGUCUGGAGCGCAAACAGAAACGGGAGAAGGAGUGUGGGGUCACGGCCACCUUCGACGCCAACAGAACCACUUUCACCCGCGAGGGCUCGUUUCGUGUCACGACGGCAACGGAGGCGGCAGAGCGGGAGGAAGUCAUGAGGCAGCUACAGGAAAAAAAAGCAGAGACGGAUGUGAAGGUUACUGGGAACUCAGCCACCAGUGUGACAAACUCCUCAGCGCACUCGACGGGAGGCUCACCAUCCCCCUCGUCCUCGCCGCCUCUCUCCAUGUGCACACUGGGACCCCAGGUGAUACCACGCAGACACGCACCGGCCGAGGCUCUCGCCAGGCAGGGCUCCUUCAGAGGCUUCCCGGUCCUCAGUCAGAAGACUUCUCCCUUCAAACGACAGAUGUCGCUGCGCAUGAACGAGCUGCCCUCCACCAUGCAGCGCAAGUCUGACUUCCCCAUGAAGAACACGGUCGUUGAGGUAGAAGGAGAAAGUGACAGCAUCAGCUCGCUGUGCACUCAGAUCACCUCGGCGUUCAGCGGACCCCCAGAGGACCCCUUCUCCUCAGCACCAAUGCCCAAACCAGCGUCAUCCCCUCAGUCUCCUGUAGCACCAGUGAAUGGCACAUCUCCUGCCUUCUCUGUUGUUGCUGCUGCUGCUGCUGCUAACCCCCCAGUUCUGCCCCCCGCCCUGCCUGCUCGAGACACUAACCCCUGGGCUAAAACUCCAGCACGAGCCCCGGCCUCAGCACAGCCAGGAAGUAACUGGUCAUCGCCUACUCCGGUGAUAGUGGUCCCCCCCAACUCCUCCCCGUCCAUGUCCUCCCACAGACGCACACCGUCAGAAGCAGACCGGUGGUUAGAAGAAGUCACCAAGUCUGUCCGAGUGCCGCAGUCGAAUCCCAUCAUGGCAGCAGCCACGGUUCCCGCCCAGUUCACUGCCCCUGUGGCGAUGCCGGUGGCGCCCGUUCCCUCCGUUACCCCGGUUGCCUUCAUGUCCUCUCUGCCCUCCGUGCCCAUGUUGCCCCCCCGCCAGCCCGCCUUCCACCCUCAGGCUCCGGUCUCCUACCCGAUGCCCAACGGGCUGCCGUUCCCUCAGCCCAGCGUGCCUGUGGUCGGCAUCACUCCUUCACAGAUGGUGGCUAAUGUGUUCGGCUCAGCCGUGCAACCCCAGCCGUUCCCCGGCGCGGCCUCCACACUGCCCCAGCACGAUCCCCAGGCGGUCUGCCACAUCAGCCCGUUCAUCAAACCCCCGCUAUCCAACGCAGUGACCCCCGCUCCCCUCCAGCCGUCCAACGGCAGUGUGACCUUUAAUGGGGCGGACAACUGGGCGGCUGCGUCCCGACUCGCUCCAGCCUCCCCGUUCACCCAGCCGCCCGCACCGCCGCUGGAAGAUGCCUUUGAGGCCCAGUGGGCUGCCUUGGAGGGCCGCUCGCGCCAGCGCACCACACCCUCCCCGACAAAUCCCUUCUCCACUGAGCUGCACAAGACCUUUGAGAUCCAGCUCUGAAGACUGUGUUUGAGAUUAGAAAGUCCUGGACAAUAGGAGGCCAUUUUAGUCGGGGGAGCAGAUGGAUGGUUGACUAAAGAAGAGAGGGGAAUGUCCCUCUGCCUCUCCGCCUCUCUUGAUCUCGGUGACAGUGGACAAGCUUAGCAGGACUGACAGAAGCUGGGAGACGGUGAAGAGCAACGGGGGAACCAACAGGGAGCAGAACUCUGCACAGCAGUAAGGGGAGUAAAAGAAAACAAAAGUGGUUGCUGUUAACAAGGUUGCAGCUCCCCAGGCAUUUCAUUAACAUUGUCUGUAUUGUUUUGUUUGCGCUGUGCAGCACAAGCUUACCGUUAGCCCCC